GACAUUCACAGUUGCUGCCGCAUGCCAGAAAUAAACUUGGGUGACGCACCUGCAAAAUGCAGUGCUUAUAUAAAGGAGCUCACAACGCAAAUGGCAAACAUGAAUGGGGUCGGUGGGAGCAAGCAAACUGAGAAUAACAAAACCAUGAACAAUCAAAACAAUCCGGAUGCAGCAGCAGUUGAAUAUCCCGCUUAUGCCCACGUUUGCUAUGCGGAGUGUAUUUACCGUGAGACAGGCUCUAUGGUCGAGAAUGAAUUUAAUAUGGACAAUGUCGAAAAAUUUCUAAACAAAAGCGUCAGCAAAGGAGACAAGGAUAUUGUGCCGCAGAUUGUGCGCUCUUUUGAGGCUUGCCUGAACAAUAUCAAGGGUCACUUGGAAGCUGUGGGUAUCAAAACGCACGCCAAAUUACCGAUGGGCUGCUCACCUUUUGCCAGUUUGAUGUUUAGCUGUGUAAACGCCGAGACCUUCCUCAACUGUCCUGCCAAGAUGUGGAAAAACGACCACAACUGCAACGUAGCGAAAUCCUUUGCAGCCCAAUGUAAUCCACUGCCGCACGUGCCACUGCCAACUGCCAAUUGGCUAAAGCCGUGAAGUCAAGUGGCGCCACAUCCUGUGGU